UCGCAGCAAUGGCUAAUUCGCAGCUGUCAUCGAUAUUUAAUAAUAAGAAAAUUCACACUUCUUACUUCUAUCUUUAAUUGGUUUGUAUCGAGGGAUAUUAAAAUAUGAAAUGAUUGCAAAAUCUCUGGAAGGAAAAACAUUGUCAGCAUGUUCUGUACUGUCGACAAAUUAAUUCGAUCUAUUUACAACAGAAGUUAUAUAUUGUACGGUUGCAAACAUGUGGCAUAUCACGUGAUUUGGAAUCUCCCCCGUGUAAUCUGGAUCACGGGUUUAUAUAUGUAUGCCACAUAAUAUUAGUAUCCUGACGACCCGUUUCAACGAUCAGUUUGAUAGCGGCCGUUGAGGAGAGAUAAAGCGAAUUUUUUAGAAAAAAAUCUUGCACAACUACUCUAUUUUGAGAUUCACGAUUCUGUGCAACCACAGAAAUUCUUUGUUGAAAGAUCAUAAUCCUGUGAAGACAGGAAAAAUUAUUGAUCAUCGUCCACGAGAGUUAUAAAACUUCAAUAAAUGUUGAUCUUCUAAUAAAAAUGAUAAAUUGAACUUUAAUCUUAAAACGUCAACAUUUAAAAUACAACAAAACAAUUGCGUAGAAAUUUAAUAAAUAAUGCUUAAAAAAGGAUAAAUUGAAAUUGUGCAAAUGUUGUUUGAUCAAUGCGUCAAGGAAAGAAAAAGAAAAAAAUAUGAUUAUGAAUGUCUGGUAAUGAAAUAACCAAGUAAAAUCUCAUCAUGGAUAUGAUAGAUACAGCAAUGAACGCAUCAUUUUAUGACAUUUAAUUGAUGCUUGCAGUAUUUCUAUUACUUAUACCAACACUCUGGGGGGGUGAAAUUGAGGCUAGUGUUCUCGUGGCAGAUACCACUAUGUCAAGAAUGGUGGAAUUAAAUGCGGAUGCGCCCUUCUGUGCCUUGUACACCGAUCGUGGUGUUAUUCAAAAAAUGGUUCUUGGUGCUGACCCAAAAAAAGUCCGUCAAAUGUCAAGCAAUCUCGUAGCAGAUUUGGAAGAAACGUGUAAAGCCUCUCGAGACAAGGGAAAGAAUCAACCUCCAGGAGGUGGAUUGAUUUAUCCAGGUACAAAAUGGUGUGGCCCAGGUACUUUAGCGAAAUCGUACGAUGAUCUCGGACACCAUGCAGCCGAGGAUGCAUGUUGUAGAGAACACGACCAUUGUCCUAUCACUAUAUCUCCUAAGAAGUGCAUUCAUGGUAUAUGCAACAACUCGCCUUUCACACGAUCUCACUGUGACUGCGAUGCGAAGUUCCGUAGAUGUUUGCAGAAUCUUAAUUCGGAAGUCGCGAAUACUCUUGGUGCUCUUUUUUUUAAUGUGAUACAAGUAACUUGUUUUAAGGAGAGACGUCCCUGUUCACAGUGGCAAAGUUGUCCUCUGAUUUGGAUGAAUUCGACGCGAUACGAGUAUAUUAAUUCAUCACGAGAUUAUUAUAUCUACAAGAUGUUUUUCUACAAGAUGCUACAGGCAAUGCGUGACAUCUUCCAACAGAAACAAUUAUCAUCAUGGUUGCACAUGAGCUUCGAUUGAAUAAAUGGUUAUACGGAAUCGGUAUCGAACCGAUUGUGCUCCCAGUACAAAUUCAGACCAAGCGACAAAUACGUGCCGUUGAUGCCCUUGAACGUGAACUAGCUAUUGCGGAAACGCAAGAAGAACGGACCAGACAGCCUUUGAAGUGAUGCCAGUUAACAGAGUUCUAAUGAAUGGGAUAAUUGCACGCGUUUCAACCGCGUUCCUUGCGCGCCCCUUUCUUUCACGCUGAUCCAACCUGUCUGGGAACAAUAGAACGAAAUGUUCUUUCCCGAUCAUUCAUGAAUAUUGUUACAGAUCAUUAUUUUUCAUGGAAUGUCAUUUUUUUUUUCUGACUUUUACUUGAUAAAAAAAAUUAUUCUCUUUUUGGUAGCUUCGAUCAAUUUUUCUGCAAGAUCAAUCUAAAAUAAUAAAUAGAAAAUUAGUCUCCGAAAAUUCCAUAGCUAAGAAGUAUCCAAGAAAUAUUUUUUAAUAUUUUUUUUAAAAUAUAAAAAUAUAUCAGAUAUUUUUUUAUUCUUUUCCUUUGGUCUCGAAUGAAGUUAUACUUAAAUAUAAGCAGAUGGAUUUUUUUUAGUUACUCUUAAAAAAUUAAAAAUUUCUUUUAUGAUAUAUUUUAUAUAUCAUAAAUAUGAGAAACAUUAGAAAACUUUUUUUUUAUUUUUUUGUUUAGUCGUUUUUUCAAUUAAUUUUGAAAAUAAAAAGUGGAAUAAAUAGCUUAAAAUGGUCAGCUUGAAAGUAAGAAAUAGUUAUGCAAAUAUUAGUAGCUAUCAUCUUUGCAACAUAAAAGUCAAUACGUAUUGUUAUAAAAAGUUUUUUGUUUUUCGCUUCGUAAUAUGUGAAAUGAUAUCCAGAAAAAAAAUAUAUAUAUAUACAUAUAUACAUAUAUAUAGAUAUACUAUAUAAAAAAAAUUCUUAAGAAGGAAUCGGUGUGAAAUUUGAAUAAAGAUUGAUUUCGAAAGAAUUGCGAAUUUACAUUCGCAAAUGAUUUACGAUUUUACUGCUCAAUAUUACUUUUCUAACAUGUUUUUAACUCUAAAAGUAAUAGUUUAAAUGAUUGAUCUUUUUAAGAAAAAAAAGGAAGUUACAAAUACGCAAUAUGAAAUGAAAACUAUUUGAUAAAUUUAUAUUGAUUACUGCUAAACUAAAGAUAGUAAUGAAGAAAAAGAUUAUAGUUAUAAUUGAUUAAAUAAUUGAUUUAUCGAACAUAAAACAAAGGAAGAUUUUACUGGAACUAUAUCACCGAAACAAGGUUCGCAUUUCUUGCAUAUCAUUCGUCGUUAUUGCAGUUGCGCAAAAAUGCAUACAAUUGCAUAAAAUCGCGUAGCAUUUUCUACGAUUUUCCUUAGAUUUUUAAUCCUUAGAUUAAGAUUUUUCAUCAAGUUGAUACGGAAGUAAUUAAAAUAUAUAUUAAAUGUAGAUAUGAUACCAUAACUUUUUGAAUUAAAUUUCAAAUAAAAUAUUAUUAUAUUUGAGAUAUAUAUAUACUUUCUAAAUAAUGAAUGCUAUAGUAUCAACUUGAUGAAUUUACAACGUACCAAUAAAUUUCACAAUGUCUGCGAUUUUUCUAUCAUUUUUGAUAGCUUUUGAAUUUUUAAAUUCAAAAUUUUUAAAUUUUGAAACUCGUGCGUUCAACGAAUCUUUAUUUGUUUUAAGACAUUUUUAAAGUCGUUUGUAUAUAUAAAUUAAAAAUUAACGACAUGAUAAUGUUGCAGCUCAAAUAUGCAAGAAUCAUGAAAGAACUUGAUUCAUUCGAUGCAAACUGCUCAAAAUAAUAUGAAAAAUACAAAAUGAUUGAACAAAAUUUCCUCAUGCAUGAAAAUAUUUUAUUUGAAAAAUAUAUUAAAUUGAAAAAUUAAUCAACAAAUUGACAACAAACAUUUUCGCAAUUUUUUAUAAAACAAUAUGGAAAUUUCAACAAUUAAGUUUAAUUUGUUUUUUAUAAGUUAUAUGAUAAUGACCAAUCCAAUCAAUUAUAUAUAUAUAUAUAUAUAGAAUUGUAUAACUUAGAAUUUGAAAAAUGAAAUUGACCUUUAAAUGCUCUUGACAAUCUUAUUUUGUAAAUUGCAAUCUUUAUUUUAUGAUACAUUCGUUAUUUUUUUUCUUAAAUGAUACGAAAAAAAUGAUUUACUAAUUAUUUUGAGCAGUAAUAAAAAAAGAAAUGAAAUGAAUGAAAUGAUUAAAAGAAACGAAGAUCCUGCACAAUCUUUACUGUGAUCAAAAUUACUCAGAUAUGUAAGCUUGCUAUGUAGUUUUUACUUAUAGAGUAAUCAUUUGUUAUUUGUGCUCUUCAUGCUCAAAUAAUUAAUGCGACCUGAGAGAACCGGAAGUUGUCGCUAGACAAUCGAAGAUUAUCCGGAUUUUGUAAAUAUCUCGAGAAGGUCAGCCGGGAAAACGUGCAAUCGAUUGAAUAUGUCACAUUGAUAUAUAUACUAGAAGUAGCUCAGUGACAUUUAGUUUCCUGAAGACCUUCGAUUGACCAUCAGUAUAGUGAAAUCUAACAAAUUUUAACUAAAUUAAAAAAAUUGUUUUACAUAUCAUUUUUAAGAAUAUAUAUAUUUUUCAAGAUUAUUUUUUUUUUUGAAGUAAUAAUAUUGUAUUAAAAUAGUAAAUUCGAUCUUUUAGGAAAUCUUGUAGUUCAAAAUUAAGUUUAAAUUAUUUACUUCAAAGUAAAAUUAUAAAUAUAAUAUUUAAUAUUAAAUAUACAAGUAAUUUUUGUAAUAAGUUAAAUUAUGUUUUGGAUAUUUUGAAUAUUAAUGAUUUAAAUUAUGAAUUUUAUCAUUUAAAAUUUGUUUUUUAAGAUUAAAUUGUACUGAUGAAUAUGAGAUAGAUAUGUAUUUAUAUAUAUUCAAAUUAGUUUUUAAUUACUAUAUGAUAUAAUAUAAUCAACAUUUUUAACAUUUGCAUGCGAUAAUAUUGUUUAUAUUAUAUUACUAAUAUAUAUAUUUUAGUCUAAAAUGGAUCUCUUGGAUACUUUCUGGAAAAUAUUUAUAUUAUAUAUUAUAAAGAAACUAUAAUUAAUUUUCUACAUUUAUCUUUGAAAUCUUACAAUUUCCAAUCACUUUAUCAUAUAUAUUUGCACUUCUCAUACAUCAAAAACUAAUUUAAUAUAUAUAUUUGAAAAAUUGUAUCUAUGUUGAUUUGAAAGACCAAAUAUUUUAAAAAAUAAAGAACUACCUCUACAUAAA